AUGGCCGACCCAGGAAACGCCAUUGGCCGGACGGCCUCUGCGCACAACAAGGGAGGGUCGCUGGAGGAACAACGCUCCAGGCCAUUGCGUGAUCCUGAAAGUCCUCAUGAGGUCGGGUCCAUAACGACCGAAGGCAAAGGCGACCGCACUCACCGGAAGCUCAAGUCUCGACAUAUCCAGCUGAUAGGUAUUGGCGGCACCAUUGGCACUGCACUUUACGUCCAGAUUGGUCGUGGCUUGAUCGCGGGAGGGCCGGCGAGCUUGUUUAUAGCAUUCACGAUAUGGUGUGUCUUCAUACUGGCAGUUACACUAUGCAUGGCUGAGAUGGUCACCUACCUCCCCAUCUCUUCACCCUUCAUUCGAUUCGCAGGGAACUAUGUCGACCAGGCCUUUGGCUUCGCAGCCGGUUGGAACUUUUUCGUCUUUGAGGCAGCUCUUGUGCCUUUCGAAAUCACAGCCUGCAAUGUGAUAAUACACUUCUGGUCUGAUGCUGUCCCAGCUGGUGGUAUUAUCGCCAUAAUUAUUGUACUCUACGCCCUGAUCAAUGUUCUUGCGGUUCAGUGGUAUGGUGAAACCGAAUUCUGGGCAGCUCUAGGCAAGGUCCUCCUCAUCGUUGCCUUGCUGCUCUUCACGUUUAUAGCAAUGCUUGGUGGCAAUCCCCUUGGUGAUCGUUUUGGCUUCAGACAUUGGCAGGAGCCUGGCGCAUUUGCCGAGCUGCAUUAUUCGGGUGACCUCGGUCGUUUCUUGGGCUUCCUGCAGUGUCUCAUCCUGGCAUCCUUCACCAUCGCAGGCCCCGAUUACGUCGCUAUGGCUGCAGGCGAAGCUGAGAAUCCUCGCAAAGUUAUGCCCAGAGCUUUCAAUGCCGUAUUUUACCGUUUGACGGCGUUUUUCAUUCUCGGCUCGCUGGCUGUUGGUAUUCUUGUGCGAUACGACGAUGAGGAGCUCGUGAAAGCCUUCAACAGCGACGCCCCUGGUGCAGCUGCAAGCCCUUACGUCGUUGCCAUGAAUCGACUACGGAUUGGCGUGCUGCCACACAUCGUCAACGCUAUGGUCUUGACAGCCGCUUUCUCUGCGGGAAACAGUUACGUCUAUUGUGCCUCGCGCUCACUUUACGGUCUUGCACUCGAGGGCAAGGCACCAAAGUUCCUCACCAGAUGCACCAGAAACGGAGUGCCGCUGUACUCGGUCCUUGUCGUCUUGGCCAUCUCGCUCCUUUCAUUUUUGCAGGUUUCAAACAGCGCCGCAGUCGUCUUGUCGUGGUUCGUCUCUCUCGUGACUGCUUCUCAGCUUCUAAACUUUGCCGCUAUUUGCUUCACGUACACCCGGUUCCACAAGGCCCUCGCCGCGCAGGGCAUUGACCGACGCACUCUGCCGUAUAGAGGAUGGUUCCAGCCGAUCCCAGCAUGGAUGGGGAUGAUUGCAUGUACAACCAUGGCGUUCGUGGGCGGGUAUACCGUCUUCCUGCCCGGCAAGUGGAAGACGCCCGACUUCUUGUUCUCCUACACAAUGAUCGUCGUCACCCCGACCUUGUUUGUGGGUUGGAAAUUAUUCAAAAAGACCAAGUUUCUAAAGCCCGAGGAGGUUGAUCUAAGGAAACAUAUCGAUGAGAUUGAGGAGUAUGAGAGAAACUAUGUCCCUCAGCCCUCCAAGGGAAUAUAUAACAAGAUUCUCGACUUUUUGUUUGGCUGA